CCAGCAGUCUGCUUUCACAGUUCAAAUGGAUGAGCCCUGUGGUGAGAGGGAGAAGGAAUUUCUUAGCCUUAAAAAGGUGCAAUGUGAGGACAAGAGAUGGGACUUCAAUUCGGCUGUCUCCCUACCAGCCACAAGCAGACCUUUGGUGCCCUGCAAUCAAACAAUGGAUGUCAGAUUUGAAGCUUCUCUUCCCCUGGAAACAUCCAUGAAGCUGGAAGCCCCCCGAAAACUACCAAACAUCAUGGAAGUCUCUGACUACGCAGAAGACAUCUAUCUUUACCUGAGGGAAAUGGAGGUGAAAUUUAAACUGAAUGUGGAUUACAUGAAGAACCAGCCAGACACCAUUGAGAACUUGAGGGUUCUCUUACUGAACUGGCUCGUGGUUGCGGGGCAAUUACUGGAGCUCCAGAAUGAGACUCUGCACUUGGCUGUGAACUAUUUCAAUCGGUACCUCUCCUUAGAGCCAGUGUCCCCUGAGACGCUUCAGCUGCUGGGCAUUGCUGCCUUGCGCCUUGCCACAAAGUUUGAAGAAGCCUACCCACUCCGAAUAAUUCAGCUUAUUCACCACAGGGCUGGCCAAUACACUAAGAAGCAGAUCUCAGAAAUGGAGUGCAGGAUGCUGCAAGUGCUGGCUUUUCACCUUGCCCUGCCCACAAUCAAUCAGUUCCUCACUCAGUAUUUCCUUCAUCAACAGCAGCCCAACCCUCAUGUGGAAAGUUUAGCCAUGUUUCUGGGAGAGCUGUGUUUAGUUGAUACGGUCACCUAUCUGAAGUAUCUCCCCUCAGUUACGGCAGGAGCUGCAUUUCAUCUAGCACUCUACACGGUCACUGGGAAGAGCUGGCCCGAGUCAUUGGUCCAGAAAACCGGAUAUACCCUGGAAACUCUUAAGCCAUGUCUCAUGGACCUUCAUUGGACCUACUUCAGCACAUCACAGCAUGCUGUAUAUUCCAUACCAGAAAAAUACAGAAAGCCAAUGUACCAUGGUGUAGCACACAUCCCACCUCCAGAGACACUCAACUUGGAGUGAGCAAGAGACUCAGAGCUGAAACUCCAACAGAAGCCUUGCUGUGCAAUUUUUAUUAUCGGCCCCAUUUUGUUCACAAAGAAUCACUAGCUGAAGGACAGUAAAUUUUUUUUUCAGCCCUUUACUUUUCUGUAUGUCUAUCACACUGUUUUAAAUGUAUUUUUUUUUUUGUAGAUAUCAUAUAGUGGGAUUUUGGCUUUGAGUCCAUUCUUCUAUUUUCUUCCAUUUUAUGGGGGUUUAUCCUGUUCACAUUUACAGUUAUGAUGACUAAUUGUGUUGCAUGGUACUUGUAUAUAUUAUGUUAAAUAUUUCCCAUUUAUAUUUUAAUCUGCUUUUGUCUGAUACUAGAGAACCAUGAAUUUUAUAUCUCUGGUCUAACUUAUUAGACUGUGACAACACUUCUUGAAUAGAGAGAUAAAUAAAGUAUUUUCUAAGUACUUAGUGGUUUGGUUCGGUUUUUCUUUUUUUUAAUUUAUUUUUUUCAGUUACAUG